AUGAGCAAACAGGAGAAUGUGCCUGCUGUUACUGUCCCAGGCAAUGUCCAGCAUACAUAUGCCAUGGUCUCUGGAAGCCAGGAGAAGCCUUUGGAAAAGGCCACCUACCCAGCCUCAGCAACCAUGCUCCAGUACAAUCCAGGGAGUGCAAACUUACAGAACCCACACAUUGUGAUCCAGAAUCCAGCUGGAGUGACAGGCCUGCAGGCUCAGCCCACCGGCCUCCAAUAUCCGGCAGGAAUGGCUGGUGUGCAGAUGCCAUCAGGAGCCAUCCAGUACUCACCAGAAAUAACGAGUGCCCAGAUCCUGCUUGGAUACCCUCAGAAUCCCCUGAACACUGUCCCUGGGCCCACACAGACCCCAGGCUCUCUCCAGUGGAACAUGUCCUUUAUGUCCUUUCCUGAGUUUGAUCCCAAGAAAUUCAUAAAUGAAGAGGUCAGAACAUUAGGGGCCAUCCAGAUCCUCAUUGGCCUGUUCCAUUUAUUCUCUGCAUUCAACCCUCAAUUAUACCAGACUCUUUCUGUGCUGGGCUUAUCAGGGUACCUGGUCUGGGGAGGACUGUCUUUUAUCAUCUCUGGAGCCCUCUCAGUCUGGGCUGAAAAGGAUGCCAACAGUUGCAUGGUGAACAGCAGCAUUGGCAUGAAUGUGGUCAGUUCCAUCUUGUCCCUGGGUGGUAUCAUCACUAUCAUUAUAAAUCUGUGCGUUCCCUCUUCCAGUAUCAACCCUGAAACAGUCAAUACGAAGGCAAUCUCUGGUAUUCUCCUCCCCUUCUCCUUCCUGGAAUUCAUCCUCACCUGUGUGGUCUCACAUUUUGGGUGCCAGGCUGUCUGCUGGACUCAUUUUGAGAACAUGGCAGUGAUCUCCACCAUGUUUGGUGGCAACACAGUCAACACUACCACUGCACCUGUCAACACCACCAGCCCAGACAGUGCCACCAACAUGCCAGUGCAGCCCACCCUCCCCAAUCAUGUUCCCCCUGAACACUCAUACGAACAUGUUGCUGAUCUUACCCAGAAAUAG